CAGAGCGGAUCAGACGGCUGUCAAGAUGAAGUCUUCCAUCAACAGACUUGUCCUUGUCCUCUACGUCCUGGCAAACCUAACAAUGCAAGUCGCAGACAGUUUGGUUCAGAUCCAUGUCCCCGAGGAAUCCUACCUGAAUGAGCCGACUAGUCUGACCUGCUCUACAUCUCAAGCCUUCUCUACAAUCAUUUACAAGGCUCCAAGUGGGAACAGUCCACAGUGUUCACAAACGGGCUGCACACCUGUCAGCGGAUUCCAGGCAGAUAUUAUAAACUCAACUUGCACUCAACUAAGGAUACUGCGCGUACAACUGAGACAUGCAGGACCGUGGGGGUGUGCUGAUGGCGACAAUAACUUUGUUUAUAGAAGUCUUGUUGUUGCUGAAAAGAACCCACCAUGCAGCAUAACCGUUGACACCUGUCCAGUUCUUCUGCAUGAGAAGAUAUCACUGACAGUAACCAUCCAGAACUACUAUUGCUCAAAAGAUUUCAACGUUUCACUCCGUGUAGGGAGCGUUCAGGAGACACUGUCUACAGCUGUACAUGUGACUGGCCCAACAGAUAGCACCGCUAUCAAAGAAAUAAAUAUGACAAAAGCACACUUUGGGGAUGUACAACUGGAAUUAAUCUGCCAAAAGAGUAGGACAAUUUCCUGUGGAGGCGUUACAUUUUUACAUGGCUGUAGACCAGCAUGCCAAAUAACAAGUCCACGGGACACUAGUUCCCUGCGCAUUGGCGAGGAUCUGUUACUGAAUAUUUCAAUUUCAAGAUAUUACUGCUCUGAUGCCGCCCCGCUUCUGUUGAUGAUGGGGAAGAAUGAUAUCACACUCUUCAAUGAAACCGUUUAUUAUACUACAAAGGAAUAUUUUGUCGUCAAACAACGUAUGACAGCUUCACAUUUCGGGAUUGUGAAGCUAUUCUUCGGAUGUGGAAACUUUCGUCAGGCGCUUUUGUGUGAAGGUGUUCAACUACUAAGUCUUGAAUACGAUAACAGUUUUUGCAGUGACGAAACGGGCUCCAUAGCUGCGAUAGUCAUGGGGAUAUUCAUCAUUAUCAUCGUUGUCAUCGGCAUCCUCAUAUUAGUCAAGAAUCUCAGAAACAAAAACGAUGGACGUAAGAUGUGCACAGUAUCCACGAGUACUGAUGAUUUAGAAAUACAGGUGACAAGAUCAGCAGACAAGCAUGCACAUGAUGACGUGGCUGUAACUCUGUCACAAGGGAAACGGAACCAGGCUGAGGACAAUGUUGUAGUCGGCUCGGGAGGAUCUGCUUCUAGUAAUGAUCGUCAACGACACGGACUGCGUAUAAAUCCUGCGUGCGUCCCUAGUACUGGAGGUGACAGAGUAGUCACAACAGGGACAUCCAAAGAGACAGGUGUGAUGGGUGGCGAAAACCUACAUCCUGAAACGAGAGGAGAAUAUGUUGCCCUUGAUAGAAAUGCUGUCCAACCCUCAAACAUCUAUGAACAUCUGGGAACAUAUGAAGAAAUUGUCAACAUAUGAAGUACUGCUAUCCUGAAAAGUAACGGGAGACUACACUAAACAUGUAUGUCGACUCAUAUUAAUAGACUCUUGCCUUGUUUAAACUAAUAAUUGACUGGAGUGUA